AUGAAGUCCAUCGUACACACGUCCAUGGGAUCUGCAACUGAACUCAACUCUUGGUCCUGUGCUAUUCCGAUAAAAUCAUCGUCUCGACGACGUCUUCUGAUCACACUCAGUUUGGCCGUGUUAUCUGUCGCUCUCAUCUAUCAACCGUUGCCUCAAGAUUUUCCUCAACCAUGGAAAUAUCGUUUUAUCUCAUUCUGGGCUCAUGUAUUCGUAAAAAUCGUCUAUGACAGACGAAUAUUGAAUGUUACUGUUCGAAUGUAUGAACCCGAAGAGUUGGCCAAUGUCGACAAAAUGCCCACGAUAAUACACUUUCAUGGAGGUGGAUUUCUCCUAGGCUCUAUAGAUACACACGAUCAAGCCACCUAUGUAUUGGCCAACUUGACACGUGCACUUGUUAUUUCAGUGGAGUACCGUCUCGUGCCCGAACAUCCGUUUCCGGCCGCACUGGACGAUUGUACCUCAGUUGCAUAUGAACUUUUUCAGAAUGCCAUCAAUUAUCGAAUCGAUGCCAAUCGAAUAGUUUUGGCCGGUGAUUCAGCGGGUGGUAACUUGGCGUUGGUCACCACUCAAUCCUUGCUGAGAGACGGAUUCACUCCUCGUACUAUUUGUCUUUUGUAUCCCGCUUUGCAAUUCUUCGAUUUCACGCUACCGUCUUACCGGGACUAUUUGCCUCGAAAUAUUCUCGGUAUAAUCAACGAGGACAAUUUUUUUUCUGCCAUGUCCGAAUUGAGUGAAAGGAAGGUGAAAGUGACACGCGAUAUUCUGUUCAACAACCAUACAUCGGCUCGCGAUAAGCGACGACUUCGUCCGUUACUUGAUGCUGAUCAACAUUUGGCCAUUUCACUUCCAUUCGAUAUCGAUCAAGAAGGCAAUCAGAAUCUGAUUCCUCAUCUCAAAUUUCUCGUAUCACCUCGAAUAUCUCCGCUACUUGUUUCCGAUGAUGAAUUGAUACAAUUGCCACCCGUUCUUCUCUUCACCGCUGAAUUUGAUAUUCUCCGAGAUGAAGGUAUGCUGUUUGUUGGUAUCUCUAUUCUUCCCAUUUUGUUUUUCACAAUUUGCGCUGAAAGUUGUAAUCUGAAGAACCGAACAAGUGUUCUCAAUACGGCACUAAUGAGAUUUCCACGAAUGCAGGUAGACGGAAAAUAA